AGAAAGAGAGAGAGAGAGACAGAGACAGCGAGACAGAGGGGAAAACAGUAGAUGAGGGUCACUGGGGUUUUCCACUGUGUAGGAUGAGAAAUAGGUAAGGCAGAGUGAGGAGGGGAAACAUAUGUGUAGUCACACAAAGCUCAGACAGCAGAAAGAGAGUGGAGACGGAAGAACGAGAGCGGCGAAUGAGUGAACUUCAGAAAAAGAGAUUUCCCUGUCAGUGAUGCUCUUUCAGCUAAGAUAACUUUCACAGCCGUAAUUUCAAAGGUUAGGAGCAGGGUUAGAGAAAGAGUGUAAAGGUCAUUGACCGGCAAGCUUAGAUAUUUUACACACAGGUGGUGGACUAAUCGAAUGGGAUACAGAUGGCAAAGAUGAAUUGCUCAAAUGAGAAUACAUAUUAUAAAGAUGGAAAAUGCUGUGAUCGUUGUCCUGCAGGAAUGUAUAUGCAAGCGGAGUGUGACGGCUCAAAGCCAACCAAGUGUGCUAAAUGUGAACAUGGGAGCUACACGGCCACGAAAAAUCACUUGAACAAAUGCCAAGUCUGCAGUGUGUGCAGUUCCCAUAACAAGCAGAAGAAAGCAUACUCCUGUACAGCCAUACAGAACACAGUGUGUGACUGUGAGACUGGUUUCUACUGUAGUAAUGUUCAGUGUGACCACUGCCUGCCACUGACCAAAUGCCUUGAGGGUGAAGGAGUCAAGCUUCCUGCCGGUCGUACCAAUGAUACAAUCUGUGCUCCAUGUGAAAAGGGGACCUACAGCAACAAGACAGAUUUCGUCUCAACCUGUGAAAAGCAUACCAGAUGCGAGGACUUGGGAAGAGAGCUUAAAUCUGAAGGAACUUCAACAAAAAAUGCCGUCUGCAGUGACGUCUUACCACGGUGUUCCUGGAUGUUGCCCGCAGCCCUGUGGUCAGGACUUGUGUUGACUGCGCUCAUCCUGUUUGCUGUAGUCAUCUGCAGGAGGGCAAAACGCAAAUCAUACAGAGCAGCCAAGUCCAGAGUUCCUGUUACCAUGGUAGACAUGGUUCCUGCGGCACUGGGCAAGUCGAUGGAGCUGCCUUUACCGUCUAUAGAGCUGAACGGACACUGCCAAGAGAGCUGCCCCGUGGGAGACUGCAAGUCACCGCUUUUCAACCCAGAUGAUGAUGAUGAUAAUCUGGUCAGUUGCAGCGUGGACAGCAGCCUUCCUAUAACACCAUUUAAGGCCUCAGUUUCUUUCGCUGAAUCCAAUCACACCACUAGAAGUGCAGGAUACCGCACAGGCAGCUUCCUCAGGACCUACUCAGAGCCACAGGAGGACGAGUGGUGUGGGACAUAAAGUAAAUGUUGUUGUAACAGUAUACUGAAGGAGCUUAGAGUUCCUCUCUGGCUUGGAGAUGCUGCAACAUCUUUUUACAAAACUGUUAACUAUUUAUACAAAACAGCAGGAUUUCACUUUGUGGAGAGUUGAAGGAGGAUGACAGUUUGUCGCCUCCUGCAGGACUUUUAGGAGAACUUCACUUUGGGUGGUGUGAUAUUUCUGUGUAGCAUUUACAGUGAGACGAACAGCUGAAAAUGGAGGAGAACAUUCAUAAUAUGAACAGAAUUAAGUUGUCAUUCCCUUUAAUGUGAAUUUGUCUUCGAGAGGAGCUUCACAAGUAAAAGCAGCGCCGUCUGCGGUCUUUAGCUGCAGCUCAGUGCCGUCUCUGUUAAAGGAUGUCCGGUGAUAUUCUAUAUUUCUCUUAUUGUCAACAAAUCCCACACAAUCCAUUGUUGUGUGUGACGUGAUGUGAUUCUCCUUUGUCAUGAACAUGGGCACUGUAGUUUAUCGUGACUCAAUUCCACGUACAAGUGUCUUGCUGCUGAACCACAGUGGAAAAUAGUCCCUAACAAAACACUCUUUUUACUCCUAUUUAACAUUUCCUAAAAACUACAGUGCCCAGCUGUUAUAGGACAUUACUAAACCAUUUCUAAAAAAAAAUGUAACUUCAUAUUUGUUAUCCAUUUUUAAACAUUUACACCGGCGUUAGGAGCAAAUGGGCUUUGGACUGAGUGCCACAGAUGCGGUAAAAAAGUGAACAAGUAUAGAGAAACAAAAUCAUAUGUUGCUGGUUUUAGAUUUUUCGUGGAAUUUGUUGACAGUAAGGAAAAUAUUAUCCUUUUAUGUUAACUAUGUCUUUGUAAUUUUGCUUCAUAGGAUAUCUAAUUUAACUUAAACUGUUCCAGCUUCAGCAAAUGAUUGAGGUUCAGAAUUGUACAGUGUAAUUGUUAAAAGUCAAAAAACAAAACUCUCCGUCUUCUUUUUUAAGUACAUUGUAAUGCAGAUUUUGACUGCUGAAUUUCAGUAUUUAUAAAACUCUUAGAUGUGCAGCAACAAUACAACACACACACACACACACACACACACACACACACAAA